UACAAUCGAUCAAGCAUUUUACGACUAUAUCAUAUCGACUGCUUUCAUACCCAAUGAACUCGUUAACAGCAACGGCGCCCAUUCGGGCUGCCUUUCCAAAGUCAUAUAUGCAUAUCGCUACUCGAAAUUACUCCAGUGUCAUUGCUAUGAGCGGUCUGCGCUGUACCGGGUCGUUGGUGGCAAACAGACAUCAGACAGCUGGAAAGCGAUUCAUAUCAACCACGCCAAAGUCGCAGAUCAAGGAAUUCUUUCCUCCCCCGACUGCUCCUCAUGUGAAGGAGGUGGAGACAGCUUGGGUCCAUCCUGUCUAUACGGAAGAACAGAUGAAACAAGUCGCAAUCGCGCACCGAGACGCAAAGAACUGGGCCGACUGGGUUGCGCUGGGAACGGUGCGGAUGCUGAGAUGGGGCAUGGAUCUUGUGACUGGAUAUCGGCAUCCUCCCCCAGGCAGGGAACACGAGGCCAGGUUCAAAAUGACAGAGCAGAAGUGGCUUACGCGCUUUAUCUUCCUGGAAAGUGUGGCUGGCGUACCAGGCAUGGUCGGAGGCAUGCUGAGACAUUUGAGAAGUUUGCGGCGCAUGAAGAGAGAUAAUGGAUGGAUUGAAACACUGCUGGAGGAAGCAUACAACGAGCGUAUGCAUUUGCUGACCUUCCUCAAGCUCGCAGAGCCCGGAUGGUUCAUGCGCCUGAUGGUUCUUGGAGCACAGGGAGUUUUCUUCAACGGAUUUUUCCUGUCUUACCUCAUGUCGCCACGCAUCUGCCAUCGGUUCGUCGGAUACCUCGAGGAGGAAGCGGUGAUCACAUAUACUCGCGCAAUCAAGGAGAUUGAAGCUGGAAGUCUUCCCGCAUGGGAGAAGACGGAGGCCCCCGAGAUCGCCGUGCAAUACUGGAAAAUGCCAGAGGGUCAGCGCAGCAUGAAGGAUCUCUUGUUGUAUGUUCGGGCAGAUGAAGCCAAACACCGGGAGGUGAACCAUACACUGGGAAAUCUAAACCAGGCGAUCGACCCCAACCCAUAUGCCGCCAAGUACAAGGAUCCGACAAAGGCGCAUCCGAACAAGGGGAUUGCAGACCUGAAACCCACUGGAUGGGAGCGGGAGGAGGUGAUCUGAGUUCACCUGCCAGAUAUUUGGUUUCUUUCACAGACAACCGGCUGGACCGGGUCUACAAUGCGGCUUGAGCGUCAGCAUAUUAUUGUCAGUGCAACAUCGGGCU